AGAAAAAAUACAAGAGAGUAAACAGAGAUAUAGAAGAAGCGAACGAGAACAGAUAAGCAAGAGCACAACCACAACUGCUGAGAGGAGAAAGGGUGAUUUUGUUUGUGUCUGAAGUAGUUAAUGGAGAAUUGUACUCAGAGGAAUGCUACCCUGACAAUCUCCUUCUUCAAAGUUAUUCUUAAAACCAAUCUUCAAAGCAUUAAAAUACCAAACAUAUUCACUGCUAAUUAUGGAGGUGGUUUGCCAAAUCCUUUGUUCAUGAAGCUUCCAAAUGGAACUGAAUGGAAAGUGAUUUGGGAAAAGGACAGCGGUGAGAUUUGGCUGAGAGAGGGAUGGAAGGAAUUUGUGGAACAUUAUUCCUUAGACCAUGGACAUUUUGUUUUCUUUAAAUACGAAGGAACAUCCGAGGUUCAUGUAAACAUAUGUGACCAAAGUGGAGUGGAAAUAGACUAUCUAUGUGGCACUGGUGAUGGAAAUUACAACCUUGAUCAAAAUGAGGAGGAACCCAUCAUAAUUUUGGAUGAAGAAGAGGACCCUGAACAAAUACGAGGCUGUGAAUUGCAUUCCACAGGUGAAACGUCUGUUCAAAGAACUUCAUCUUUGAACCGGCCAAGUCAAACUAGAGCAAGAGAAGUAGCAUGUAAUUUCGUUUCAUGCAAUCCUUUUUUCACUGUUUUCAUCAAACCUUCUCAUGGGAAGGAUUAUCGGCUGCGCAUACCAGAUUUGAAAGGCAUUAUUGAAGAGAAGAAGAAGUGUGCGGUGCUGCAGCUUGGGGAAAUAUCAUGGAAAGUAAAUUUGUUAUUUAAUAACAGUUGUUUUGCUCAUCAUAGUUUCGGUGCUGGCAUUCACUUGUUUUUGACAGAGAGUGAAGUGCAACCGGGAGAUGUUUGUGUAUUUGAACUGAUUAGCAAAGAGGAUUGUGUUUUUAAAGUUCAUAUUUUCAAAAGCGAUCAAUGAUUUCCCUACAUGAAGCUGUGUUCUUGCUGAAGAAUUUGUAGAAAAACCUUGAAGAUACUAUCACCCUUUGUUCUUUUUGUUUCACUUUAGAGACAGAGAAGAAUCAAGUUCUCUGAAGUUUUCAUGUUAUUGGUAUUUCUUAAGUAGUGCUUACUAGUUAUAACUGUAGCAUGCUAUGUUUCUUCAUAUUUUUUGACCUUUUGAUUUGUUUUUAUUUUUUAGAUCAUACAAUUUCUGAACUCAACCACAGGGUUAUUGAAUUACUUCAGUGUCUGCAUGAAUCCUCAGUAUUUGCCUUCUUUGGUAUGAUUAUUAGUAGGAUAAUGAUAUUUUAACAAUAUUUUUUUGAUAAUAUUUUAAUAUCAUUUACGUGUCAUUAUGUGAUUGAUUCAAAAUUACUCCACAAUCAAUAAUAAUAAUCAUAAACAUCAAUAUGAACCAAUUACAGAAUGACACGCGGAUGGUAUUAAAAUGUUGUCAAAAAAAUAUUAUUAAAAUAUCAUUAUUCUUAUUAUUAAGCAGAAGUAAUUAGAAGAGUGUUUUAGAAAUGCAAACAUGUUGAGUGAUGUGACUGAUUAGGUUGAGUGUAUAUUAUGCAAAGUGUUGGAAGUAGUUUCUUCGAAAAUAAUGGUAUUAGUAAUAAUUAAGAAGCAGCGACCCUGGAUGUUGGGGGAGAUAUCAUGGAAUGUGAAGUUAGAUUCUCGCUGGAUGCAGAUUUUUGUCGCUUUGAGUUGAUUGAUAAGAAGAAUAUUGUGUCUAAAGUUACCAUUGAAACCUGCAUUGACUGAUGUUUGUCAUUGAUGUUUGUUUCUUUCUUAUUACUUUUUGAAACCUAUCUAAUUAGGUUAAUGUAUGUGUUUUUUUUGUGGAAUUUGGGUUCAGGAUUACGGUUAUUUUGAAACCUAUAUGUCUCUAGGUCAAGGGAUGUCUCUUGUGGAAUUUGUCUUAUUACUGACUUCCGAUUUUGUAUGUUUUAAAUUUGAAACACAUUUAUUGAAGUUAUUGUUAGAUUAUUAUAAUAGAGUAGAAUUUCUAGGUAUAGUAUAACGUCCAAUCUAAUUUAAACUAUUAAACUAAUAUAAAUAAUUAAACAUAACAUUAUAUAUUUUAAUAA